UGUCUAAUUUGCAUAACCACGCCUCUCAGCGAAGCCCUGAAAACGGUUCGCUGGGGGGGGGGGAGGCGGAAAGAACCGAGCGCCGCCGGAAACACCCGAGUGCGGCGGGUCGGGAAAAGCAUCUGAUUGGUGGAGGUGAGCGAGGGGCGGGGGCGAAAGGUCCCGAAGCGCCCCCGGACCUACCGGAGCGCGGUGAUUGGCGGGGAGCUCCGGAGCGGGGGCGGGGAAACCCAAACCGCGAUUUGCGAUUGGCCGAGAUCCCCCGAGGGGGGCGUGUCCCAGCGCGCCGCUCGCCGCGCCGCCGGAAGCGGCGGCUCAGACCCCGCCAUGGCGCCGCCGGGAGAGGAGGAUCCCCCUCCGUGCGGCCUCUGCGGCGCCGCCGCUCCGUCCUACACCUGCCCGCGCUGCCACCGCCGCCUGUGCUCCCUGCGCUGCUACCGCGCCCACGGGCCCUGCGCCGAGGCCUUUUACCGCGACCAGGUGCUGCAGGCGCUGCGCGGCCGCCGCGCCGCCGCCUCCCCGCAGCGGGACCUGCCGGCGGCGCUGCGGGACCUGCCCCGGGGGGAGGCCGCGGCGCGGCCCGCGGGGCUGUGGGAGCGGCUCACGGAGGCGGAACGCGCCGGGUUCCGCCGCCUGCUGAGCUCCGGGGAGGCCGCGGCGCUGCUGCCGCGCUGGCGGCCCUGGUGGUGGCGGGGCCGGGCGCCGGUGGAGGAGCUCGGGAAGGAGGAUGAGGAGGAGGAUGAUGAUGGCGACGGGCCGGGCCCGCCCCGCCCCGGCCGCGCCCCUCCCGUUCCCACCGCGGUGCCUCCGCUCUCCUCGCUCCGCUCCGCUCCCUGCUCUCCCCUUCUCCGCUUCCAGCUGCCCAACGCCCUGUUCGGCUACGCCUUCGCCCUCAGCCUGCACGGCGGCGACGAGUCGCUGCUCCCCGACCUCCCCGCCGCCGCCCUCGCCGCCUCGGCCGCCCUGAGGGGGGAAGAGCGCGGCCGCCGCUUCCACAGCACGGCCGAGGCUCUGCUGAGCGCCCGAAACGACGCUCGGGCCGCGGGGCUCCCGCUCGGUCCCCUGGGGGACAGCGGGACCCUCCUGGCCGUGGCGGAGCUCCUGGAAGGGCGAGACCCCCGGGACCCCGGCGGGGACGCGGCCGCGGCCUUGGGGCACCUCGGGGCGCUGCUGGAGAAAGGGGCGCGGGCGCUGCCGCCCCCCGAGCGCGGCCCGUUCCGGGCGGCCCGGAGGAAAGCGGAGUUCCUGCUGAGCUGGAGCCGAGAGCAGGACCCGGCCGAGCUCCUCCUGCUCGCCCGGGAGGCCCGGGGGGUUCACGCCGAGGUGGCGGCGGAGGAGGCGGCGGUGAAGGAGCUGCGGGAGGGGCUGGAAAAGGUCUGGGGGGGGCCCAGGAGGCCGCACGGGGAGGGGGGUUUGGGGGGGGCCCGGACCCUCCCCCGGGGUGGGAGGCAGGGGCCGGAGGCUGAUCGAGGAGCUGGAUUGAGGUGGGAGAGCCUUAAUUAAUUAAUUAAUUAAUGAAUUGAGGGUCUGGAGGUGAUGGAAAGCUGGUGGGUUUGGCCCCCAAAAAGCUGCUCGUGGAGGGAUGGGACUCAUUAAGGGAUGGGGUUAACGAGAUCCCGAGGAAACGCCGCUGGCUCAUUAAUGAGCUGGACUAAUGAACUUCCAGAGAUCCAGGACCAGGAGUUGGACUCAUUAAG